GGAUCGUGUGACAUUCAGAAGAAUUAUAUUGAAAAACAAUGCAAAGAAGAGGAAGACCUAUGAAUUAUUUAUUGAGUCUGUGCCCCUUCUUAAAUCCUUGGAGGCAUCAGAGCGAAUGAAGAUAGUGGAUGUUAUAGGAGAGAAAGUGUAUCAAGAUGGGGAACGUAUCAUUUCUCAGGGUGAUAAAGCAGAUUGUUUUUACAUUGUAGAAACUGGUGAAGUAAAAAUCUUGAUUAAAAGCAAGACUGUGACGAGUACAGAAGUGAACCAAGAAGUGGAGAUUGCCCGGUGUCAGAGAGGGCAGUAUUUUGGAGAGCUUGCACUUGUUACCAACAAACCCAGAGCAGCCUCUGCCUAUGCUGUUGGGGAGGUCAAAUGUUUAGUCAUGGAUGUGCAAGCAUUUGAGAGGUUGCUUGGACCCUGCAUGGACAUUAUGAAGAGGAAUAUAACACAUUAUGAGGAGCAACUGAUAGCAAUGUUUGGCUCUAGUAUGGACCUGAGGGAUCCAGGGAUUUAGGCACAGGGUACCUCAAUGCCUUCUUAGAUCAAGACACAGAAAAGCCUCCUAUCAGCAACAUAACUCACACGGAAAACGGACACUAUGGAACAGUUACUGCUGCUGUCUUCUUGGGCAUUUUAGAAAUCAUCAACAAGUCUCAGCACAGAUGGAUUGCUCACUCCCUGCCUCCACCUUGCUGCUUCAUCAUUAGACCUAGAUUAAAGAUCAUUGUAACCCUAUGUUCACUUACUUGGUUCAGAACGGCAUCUGCCCAGCAGUUCAAGUGCCUGAUACGAAACCCAAAGUGUGCAAGAUACAGAAGCCUCCUUCCUUCUGGUGUUACUGUUGGGAUAAAUUUUCAGAUCAGAUUCUGUAGUGGCAGGUUGCCUGUUCUGCAGAGGCAACCAGUG